AUGUCUGGUGGUAAAUCUGGUGGUAAAGCUUCUGAGCCCUUGAAGGGCCACACUCAGUCUCGUUCGGCUAAGGCUGGCCUGACCUUCCCCGUCGGUCGUGUUCACCGUUUCUUGCGUAAGGGUAACUACGCUCAGCGUAUUGGUGCUGGUGCUCCCGUUUACUUGGCUGCUGUCCUUGAGUACCUCACUGCUGAAAUUCUCGAGUUGGCUGGUAACGCUGCUCGCGACAACCACAAGACCCGUAUCAUUCCCCGUCACAUUCAGUUGGCUGUUCGUCACGAUGAGGAGUUGAACAAGCUCUUGGGUCACGUCAUUAUUGCCCAGGGUGGUGUCAAGCCUCACAUUGAAUCAUUCCUUGUGCCCAAGAAGUCCGGCAAGUCCAAGGCUAGCCAGGAGCUUUAA